AUGACAGCAACAUCAGUGUUGGCACUGAUGCUUCACUGCCGUACAACCAUAAAACUCACCUCUUCACAUAUUGCUGGGAAUUUCGCCCGCGGUACGGCACCACCAGGUGCAUUCAAGCACUUAAUAUUAGGCCGUAAGUUGGCGCUGCUCAAAUCCCUGAGAAAUAUCCCAGCCAAUCCCGAACGUAACUGA